AUGUCUGCCCGCUUCGCUGCUACCAGGCUCAUGGCCUCCGCCUCCACCAAGGUCGCCAGGCCCGUUGCCCGCGCCAACCUCGCCUCCGUCGCCUCCAAGCGCACCAUCUCUGGCAUGAACAGCCCCUUCCAGGCCGCCAAGCGCCAGCAGGUCUCCUCCGCUAUCAACGCCACCACCCGCCAGGCUUUCGCUGCCCGCCGUGCCUACUCCUCUGAGAUCGCCCAGGCCAUGGUCGAGGUCUCCAGGAACAUCGGUAUGGGUUCCGCCGCCAUCGGUCUCACCGGUGCCGGUAUCGGUAUCGGUCUCGUCUUCGCCUCUCUCAUCAGCGGUGUUGCCCGCAACCCCGCUCUCCGUGGCCAGCUCUUCUCCUACGCCAUUCUCGGCUUCGCCUUCGUCGAGGCCAUUGGUCUCUUCGAUCUCAUGGUUGCCCUCAUGGCCAAGUUCACUUAA